AUGUCGUCUCUUUUCGGUUCUUCCCCCGCCGCCCCUCAGACCUCUGAGGAGAUCAAGGCCGCUGUCAUGCGCCAGCUCCAGCAGGAAGCUGCCAUGGCUAACGCCCGCUCCCUGAUCGGAAAAAUCAACAAGCACUGUUUCCAAGCUUGCGUUCCUACCCCCGGCUCCUCCCUCUCGUCCAAGGAGAACACCUGCCUGUCCAGCUGCAUGGAGAAGUACAUCGCCAUGUGGAACGUCACUAGCAAGACCUACAUCGCCCGCGUUGGCGCCGAGACCAAGCGCAUGGGUGGCCAGGAUGCUGCCGCCAUUGCCUCCAUGGCUGCCGGUCAACCUGAGGGUGGCAGCGGUCUCCUCGGAUAA